AUGAAACCACAGACUGUACUUGUCCCACUUCUCGCUGUACUUUGUCAAGCUAUUGAAACCGCACGCUGCAGUAGCAACAUCCACUACCCGGGAGAUUCAGUUUAUGAGAACAGACUGGAAUCGUACUUCUCCGAGAUCGCUAAACUGCGGCCGCAAUGUUUAGUUCAGCCAGUAAAUACCGACGAGGUAGCAAGCAUUGUGAAAACACUUGUGAGAGCCAACAAAACAUCACCAUGCCAUUUCGCCAUUCGGAGCGGAGGACACACGCCUUGGGCCGGAGCCAGCAAUAUCGAAGACGGCGUCACCGUUGAUCUCGGCUUCAUGAACGCCACAACAUACUCGCAAGAGACCAACCUCGCCCACGUCCAGCCAGGUGCAAGAUGUGCUUCAGUGUAUUCCACGCUUGAAAAAAGGGGCAUCGCCGUAGCUGGCGGCCGGUCUAACACGGUCGGCAUUGGUGGGCUUGUCCUGGGCGGCGGCAUAUCCUACUACUCAGGCACCAAAGGAAUGGUCUGCGACAAUGUUGCCAGCUUCGAGGUCGUCCUUGCCAGUGGGAAAAUCAUAAACGCAAACCACACCGCUCACGCCGACCUUUUCCAGGCCUUGAAGGGUGGAUCCAACAACUUCGGAAUUGUCACGAAAAUCGACAUGUUUGCUUUCGAAAGAACCAACCUGUGGGGCGGCAUUGUGGCAUAUCCAAGCAGCACUAUACCACAGCACAUCAAAGCCUUGGUAAACUUUGACACAAAGAAAGAUCCGCACGCAUCUGUAAUCUUCAUGCUGGCGCACGAUUCCACAACCAAGCAGACAAUGGUUGUCAACACGUACGAGUACACGAAGCCGGUCGCACGCGCGCCCAUUUUCAACGACUUUCUGGCUAUCCAAAAUAUCUCUGACUCUACACGCAUCACGAACAUGACCGACCUUACUGUGGAGAUCGAAAACUCUUUCGCGUACCGCCAUAUGUUCGUCACCUUAACAUUCCAAAACGACGAGCGCGUCCUCCAAAAAGGCGCCGCCCUUUUUGACGCCAUGGUGAAGAAGUUGACGCCAAAAGACGAAGAAUGGAAGUUCUACACUCUAUUCCAGCACCUCCCACCCAUCUUCGCAAAGCAUUCCGCAGAGCGCGGCGGCAACGUCCUCGGCCUCGAGCGCUUCAAAACCAACAACAUCCUACUCAUGGGCUACCUGUCCUGGAAAACCCCAGCCAGCGACAUCAUCUUCCAGCGCGCGCUCCACCAGCUCAUAGCCGAUCUCAGCGCGUUCGCGAAAAGCAUCGGCAGGGACAACCCGUUUGUUUAUCUGAAUUACGCGGAUGGGGCGCAGGAUCCUUUGCGGAGCUAUGGCGAGGAAAACGUGAGGAAGAUGCGUGCUGCGGCGGAGAAAUAUGACCCCGAGGGCGUGUUUCAGACUAUGGUUCCUGGCGGCUUUAAGAUUCCCAAGGUACCGAGGGCGUCUGGGUAUGCAGGGAGAAAGCGCGAUGAGCUGUAGGGCUCGAGAAGACAGGUCCCGGGAGUAGUGAGGUAUCGUUGACAUGAAGGUAGCCUUCAAUGACAGACUUAAGAGUAUGUGUUCAAUUCAACGUCAGCUAGCUAUCAUUCGGCC